AUGAGGCUUUCCAGCAUCGUCGCGGGUGCCGCAUUCUUCGCCAGCAGCGUUCUGGCUAGUGAUCUGGACCCGAUCAUUAUCAAGGGUUCUAAAUUCUUCUACAAGAGCAAUGACACUCAAUUUUACAUUCGUGGUGUCGCCUAUCAGCAGGAAUACUCUGGCCCCAAGUCUUCCAGCAACAACUUCAAGGACCCGUUGGCCGACGUCGACAGCUGCAAGCGCGACAUCCCUUAUAUCUCGAAACUCAAUGCCAACACCAUCCGUGUCUACGCCAUCGACCCCAAGUCCGACCACUCUGAGUGCAUGAACCUCCUCAGCGAACAUGGCAUCUAUGUCAUUGCGGAUCUCUCCUCGCCUAGUGAAUCUAUCGUCCGCAAUGAACCCAAAUGGGACAACGAUCUGUACAACCGAUAUGUCAGCGUUGUUGACGAGUUGUCUCAGUACAGCAACGUUAUCGGGUUCUUCGCCGGAAACGAGGUUUCUAACACCAAGAAGACCACAGAUGCCAGUGCCUAUGUGAAGGCUGCUGUCCGUGACAUCAAGCAAUAUAUCAAGGCCAAGAAGUACCGUCCCAUGGGUGUCGGAUAUGCCACGAAUGAUGACUCAGGUAUCCGUGAGGACAUGGCCAACUACUUUAACUGCGCUGAGUCGGACGAGAGCAUCGACUUCUGGGGCUACAACGUCUACUCCUGGUGUGGAGACUCGAACUACGAGAAGUCCGGAUACAAGAGCAGGACCGAGGAGUUCAAGGACUACUCGGUCCCUGUGUUCUUCGCUGAAUACGGCUGUAACGACGUGACGCCUCGCAAGUUCACCGAGGUCGAGGCUCUGUAUGGCGACAAGAUGGCCGAUGUCUGGUCCGGCGGAAUCGUGUACAUGUACUUCCAGGAAGAGAACAACUAUGGUCUGGUUUCCGUCGACGGCGACAAGGUCAAGACUCGCGCCGACUACAGCUACCUCUCCAAGCAGCUCGCCAGCGCCACUCCCACCGGCACCAAGAAGAAUGACUACUCGCCAUCCAACACAGCUCUCCAAUCAUGCCCCACGGUCGGCGACUCCUGGCUCGCCAAAUCCAGCCCUCUCCCGCCUUCCCCGAACCAGAACCUCUGCUCCUGCAUGGAGGAGAGCCUCACCUGCAAGCUAAAGGACGACGUGUCCGGCAAGCAGCUGGACAAGCUCUUCGGCACGGUCUGCGGCUACAAGGUGUGCGACGGCGUGCAGGGCAACGCGACGACUGGCAAAUUCGGCGCCUACAGCGUCUGCACCCCCGAGCAGCAGCUCUCCUACGCCAUGGACCUCUACUACCAGCAGCAGUCGAAGAAGGGCAACGAGCAGAACGCCUGCGACUUUGACGGCGCCGCCACGACUCAGACUUCCAGCAGCCCUAGCGGCACUUGCUCCGCGCUGAUCGACCAGGCUGGUACGGCGGGUACGGGCUCGGUCACUUCCUCGCCGACUGGUACUGCUGACGCCAUGGCUGCAAGUGACUCGGCUGGGGCGUCUGGUUCUGAGGGCGCUGCGUUCGUGGUUGCUCCUGGAAGCGUGAAGGUUGGCUUUGUCCAUGUGGGUGCUUAUGUGGUGACGGCUAUGGUGGCCGGAGCUGGUAUGAUUCUUUUGUAG